GUGUGUGACGUGGACAGCGACGUAGGCGGAGGCGGACGGACGGGCGGGCCUGACUCGCCCCCAGUCCAGAGCGUACGACAAAUGCGGCCGGGUGAACCAUGGCGUGGCCUCGGCUUGUCCUCCUCCUCCUCCUCCUCCUCCUCCUCCUCCUCCUCCUCCUCCUCGCCCUCUUCCCCGAAAGACAGGAAACAAACCCCACCCUUUCCCCUUUCAGACAUCUGGAACAUGGAGUAGGUUACGGAUCAAAGAUAUCCUGCGCCGGUCGUCGUUUUCUUCCGGUACGCGUGUGAAAUAUUCGUCCGUGUUUACAUCCGGCUGACAUGGGCGACUAACUUCUCCGGGCUUGGCUGCCGGUGCAUCUCCGCUGCCGCAA